UUAACCUCAAUUAGGAAUACAUGUUUUUAUUUUGAUAUUUUAGAAAAUUAAUCAUUUCAUAUCAUAGUAAGAUGACUAUCAUGGAAUCUACAAAAGUUCAGGAACUUGAAGAUAAUUCCUCAGAUGAUAAUAUAAGUGAAGAAUCAGAUCGAGAUUCCAAUAAUUCAGAAGAUGAAGACAAUGAUCUAGCCAACACUGGUUGGGCGGAUGCAAUUUCAAAAAUAUUAAAGCAAAAACCAAAGGCUAAGAGCAAAAGUUUAGUACUUUCAAAGGCCAAAAAACUUACAGAUGUUAAGAAAGCAAAAAAGGAGCCUCUUGGUUUUGAGAUUGCUGGUGAAGAUGGUGCAGCUCCAGUUAAAGAAGAGGAAGAAUUAUCUGAAGAUGUCAAAUCAGAAGUUUCAGAACCACUGAGAAAAAAGAGAAAGGAAAUACCAAAACUACGUGUAAAACCAAAUAUUCUAGAAAAGGAUCGUGAACGUCUUCUACAAAAAAUAGCAACAAAAGGUGUGGUUCAGUUGUUUAAUGCUGUAAAAUCACAACAGAAAGAUAUUACGAAAAAAUUAGAAGAAGCUGGACCUCUUGAAGUUAGAAAAGAGAGAGUAUUGAAAAACAUAGAUAAAAGAGCAUUUUUGGAUGUUCUUAUGGGUGAGAAAUCACAGAAAUUGGACACUAAUGUGGAUGUAGUAGAAAAAAAGGAAGAAAAACGAGAAAGUAAAAAGAAUGUAAGCAGUGAUGUUACUUGGAGCGUUUUGAAGGAAGAUUUUAUGAUGGGAGCAAAAAUGAAAGAUUGGGAUAAGGAAUUAGAAACAGAAGAAGUUGAAGUAGAAUCAGAUUAAUAAUAAAUAUUGUUUUUAAU